UCAGUCAGUCGGCCGCUCGAGCACAAUCAAGCCGGUUGUGUGUCGCAACGCCGCACCAACUAUUCCGAACUCAAACUCUUUUCCUAAUUUGAAUAAUUAAAAAAGAAAAAUCAAAAGUGCCAGUGUCAACUUUGUGAAAACAGCGUUCUAUAUUCAAACGUACAGUUCCAAGUCAUUGAGUGUUUUAAAAGUAAAGUUUGUGUCAGGAAUUUUAAGUGAAGUAAGAAUACUUUUUCUCGCAACUCCGUGGGUGCCAUAAAAAGAAGCGUUCUCGUGUUCGGAAUUGAAUUUUCCUAGUGGUCGGCUGUGAUAGUGCUUUGAAUUGAACUAAAACAAGUGCAUUUUAGUGUGUUUCGAAAGUAGGUGGAGCACAUCGCAAGAACUUCAAUAACCUUGCGAGACCGGUCUUUCACCACAACACAAAGAUGUUGCCAAGAAAAAGAGCCCUCCGCUCGCUGGUGACGACGUGUCUGAUGCUGCUUCUGGCCCGACCCUCGGACCAACACGGGUCAGGGGCGCCGGCUGGGGCGUGCAUAGACCAGCUGCCUCGCCACGCGGACAUCCAGCCGCAGGCCUCCGUCCCCCCCUACAUCGUUACCACGUCAGCCAGCCAGGUCCGGCAAGGAGACACGUUGAGGGUCACCAUCACCAGCCCUGGAGGCGUGGCUACGCCGAUCGGAGGGUUUAUACUGCAGGGACGGUCUGUGCAGAACCCUGACACAAUAGUGGGCCAGUUCACGUCGGUGCCUGACGACCUCGCCCAGAUCACAAGCUGCCGCGGAGACAAUGACACCGCGACCCACACGUCACCCGACAGCAAGCCGGCCUUGACCUUCGACUGGCUGGCACCCACCGAUCUGCUUGGAGGAGUUGGGUUCAGAGCAACUGUGGCCCAGACCUACGCGAGCUUCUGGCGCGGCGUGGAGUCCCCAGUCGUGGAGGUGGUGACCACAGACACGGUGAUCACGACCCCCGAGCCCCCCGCUAGUACUGAGCGAGCGGAGCCCGCGCCCCCGGUUAUCAUGGAGAGUAAGCCAAAACCUGUAAGCCGUGUGCUGGACCCAAUCUACCAAGGCUGCGCUGACACAAAACUCUGCUUCGGUUCCCCCCAAAACUGCGUCCAAAACGGAGACUGCAAAGCCGUGGUCGCCAUAUUUGUGGCUGGCGACUCUUACACCUUCGAAAUACAAGGCACAGGCAACCCCAAAUACGUUGGUGCUGGUCUAAGCAAAGAUAACAAGAUGGGAGAUGACAGCGCAAUGGAAUGCGUUAGAAAUGACAAUGGAAGAGUCAGCCUUUUCACCUCCUGGACUUAUCCUAAAGUGGAACCUUACGUGAACAGGAAGGAAUCGCCACAAGACAUAGUUCAGCUGCAAGAGUCUUCGAUUAUUGAGGGGAAGUUGUACUGCAAGUUCAAGAGAGACACGGUAUCUGUGGUUAAAGGACAGACCUUCGAUCUCGCUGGUGACACGUUUAAUUUGAUGGUGCUUUCAGGAGACAGCAUGAAAGACGCAGACCGAGUCGGCUUCCACUCCAUAGUCUACGAGUCGACGGGCGAGCCCCUCGCUCUGUCGUCAGUCGGCGCCGCGGCCGGCUCCUCCAAGUUGCUGCUGAAACUGCACGGAGGAUUCAUGCUGGCUGCCUGGCUCGGCACUUCGGCUUUGGGGAUUGUUCUUGCUAGAUACUUCAAGCAGACAUGGGUUGGCAAGACGUUUGCAGGAAAGGAUAUUUGGUUUGCUUGGCACAGAAUCCUCAUGGUCCUCACCUGGGUGCUCACAGUGGCUGGCUUCAUUGUGAUUCUGGUAGAGGUCGGCGGCUACACCACGACGGGAGACAACCCGCACGCGAUUACUGGACUGGUCACCGUUAUACUGUGCUUUAUACAGCCUAUUGGAGCGUACUUCCGUCCGCACCCCGGCACCAAGCGGCGGCCCGUGUUCAACUGGCUGCACUGGCUCGGGGGCAACGCUGCGCAUAUUCUUGGAGUGGCAACAAUCUUCCUAGCAGUCUACCUGCAGAAGGCUGAGCUGCCCGGCUGGAGCGUGUACAUCCUGGCCGCCUACGUCGCCUUCCACGUCGUCAUGCAUCUUGUGCUGUCUUUAACAGUCUGCAUAUCGGACGGUCGCAUCAGCAACGGGCGGGUCAACUCGUUCCCCAUGAAGGACAUGCUCGGACACCCGCGCCAGGCCACCGCCGUCGACCGCGGGAGCGCUGACGCACCGUACUCCAGCUUCCGAAGACUCAUCCUCGGCAUCUACGCACCAAUCAUAGCUCUCUUCACCAUCGCCAUGAUCUGUCUGGUGGCGCUCGCUCCCAUCUCGCAAACGUAUAACACCAUCAUGGGAGCCUAGUCU